UUUCUAAUAAACCAAAACCAAAACCAAAUCCAAAACCGAAGGGUUACUUGAUCUGCUUCAAUCCCUUCCUUAAACCCCGCAAAGAUCGUUGCUUGGCAUUCAGCCAAUUUCAACGCAGCCAAACAAAGCGGCUUUUCUUCUUAUGGCAUGUCUGAGGAAGAAGAAGCAGUGUUUGCAAGUUUGGCAAAGCUUUUCAAUUCCCCGUUUUGACCCCGUUUGUUUUCGACCCGCUUUCAUACCUUCAUGAUCAUGACGAAUCACAUCGCUUAUCCCUUCUUUCUCUCCCACCUCAUGACCACUUUGCGGUUCUUCGCCACCUUCUUUAUACUCUUCUUGGUCUUCUUCACCCAAAUUGCAUCUUUGCUUGCAUUCACCGGAACCUAUGGUAUAAAUUAUGGGAGGAUUGCAGAUAACAUCCCCUCACCUGAUGAAGUUGCUACUCUUCUCAGAGCAGCAAAAAUAAGGAACGUUAGAAUCUAUGAUGCUGAUCAUAGUGUUCUCAAGGCCUUUAGUGGAACUGGGCUUGAACUUGUGAUUGGACUUCCCAAUGGACAGCUGCAAGACAUGAGUUCGAAUGCAGACCAUGCUUUGAACUGGGUGAAAGACAAUGUGCAGUCAUUUCUUCCUGACACACGCAUUCGUGGAAUUGCUGUGGGUAAUGAAGUUUUGGGUGGAGACGACUAUUCUUUGUGGGGAAAUCUUUUGGGUGCUGUAAAAAAUAUUUAUAAUGCUACAAAGAAUCUUCAUCUGGAUGAGCUAAUUCAGAUUACUACCGCAAACUCAUUUGCUGUUUUUGCUACUUCCUACCCUCCGUCCUCUUGUAAAUUUAACGAUAAUGUUAAUCAGUAUAUGAAGCCGCUAUUGGAGUUCUUCUCACAAAUUGGCUCUCCUUUCUGUUUGAAUGCUUACCCUUCCCUAGCCUACUCUAGUGAUCCAGAACAUAUUGAUAUAAAUUAUGCUCUUUUUAAACCAACAAAGGGGAUUUAUGAUCCAAAGUAUGAUCUGCAUUAUGACAACAUGCUUGAUGCUCAGAUUGAUGCAGCUUAUACUGCUUUGGAGAGUGCUGGAUUUGACAAAAUGGAAGUCAUAGUUACUGAGACAGGGUGGGCCUCAAAUGGAGAUCAAAAUGAAGCUGGAGCAAAUGUAACUAAUGCGAGGACAUAUAAUUAUAACCUGCGUAAAAGGCUUGCAAAGAGGAAAGGAACCCCACAUAGGCCUAAAAAUGUUGUGAAGGCAUACAUUUUUGCAGUUUUCAAUGAGAAUUUGAAGCUUGGGCAUUCCUCUGAGAAGAACUAUGGGUUGUUCAAGGCUGAUGGGAGUAUAUCAUAUGACAUUGGAUUUCAUGGACUUAAUGCUGGAGGUUCAUCCCUUUUGUCCCUUAAGAAUAUCAAUACUCAAGGUUUGUCCCGGUCCUACGCCAUGGUAUCCUCUCUAUGUGCUUUGCUAGUGCUGAUUUUCUGGAGUUAGUGAUCUAAUGAUAUCAAAAUCCAUGGCAAUUCAGUUCCUGCUAAUGAAGGGGUUUGGUUCACUUCAUGUCUCAUUGUGGAUCAAAAUGAUACCAUUGAUUGUCAUUUUAUAUAGCAAUUUCUAGAAAGCCUGAUAUUUUUCCCCCCCAUUCAGCAAAUGCGUAAUAAUUAUUUCUCCUGAUAUAGCAUUUUCCCUUCUUUACUUCGAU